UUACUCACGCAAGCGCCCUACAAUAUUUCGGCUGAACCCGUCUUACUACACACGACUCCUCUUUGCGCCAUGUCGCAUAAUUGAUCGCCCAGUCAAUACUGACAUUGAACGGUCGGUGCGCGACGGUCGCUUACUUUAUUACGAUUAUUUACAUUCAAACGUGAUAACGCCUGCUUCCAAAACUAUUCCGUGAGAUGGAAAAACUCUGUGAUAAAUUGUGAGCUGUGUUUUAUGUGAUGCUAGUGUGUUGUGAGUGAAAAUGGAUAUAGCGAAGGAGAAGAAGGGAUACUUUGACGAUUUCGGCGAGGACGACGCGAAUUCUAGGAGAUGCAUGCUCGAUGAUCUGCAGCUCGCGGCUGAACUAGGGAAGACUUUGUUGGAACGAAAUAAGGAGUUGGAGACGGCUCUUCGUCAACACCAAAAUGUAAUAGAAGAUCAAACGCAGGAAAUCGAAUACCUUACAAAGCAAACUGUUGCGUUGCGCGAAGUAAACGACUCAAGACUGAGAAUCUAUGAACAACUUGAAGUUAGCAUCCAAGAUUUAGAACGAGCUAACCACAGGCUCGCCGUUGAUCAUGCUGCCGAUAAAAAACACAUUAAAACCUUAUGCAACACCAUCGAAACCUUGGAAACCAAGUGUGAAGAAUUCCAAAAAACCGUGGACGAUCUUAACGCGCAAUUAGAAAUCGUAAAACGGCGUGCAGAACGUAAGCCAGAAACCAUUGAAAAACCCAAAGAAAAAGAACAAAAAACGGUUGAAAAUGCAAAACAGAAUACAACUCCGUCAAAACUUCCAACUGUUACCCCACAAAAAAUUGCUCCGCUCCCAGAACUGACAAAAGAGGAUGAGGAUUUGUUGAGAUUAAGUGAUGAGUUAAGGGAAAAUAAAGUGGCCUUUGCCCAAGAACACAGGAGGGUCACAGAGCUUGAGGAACAGCUGGCAUCGGUUAUACAAGAGAACAACAGGCUGCAGGAGCAGUUAAGAAACUGGAACCUUAAGGAUGAUGAGCCUAAAUCAAUGCAUGAAGAAUUCUCGAUCCUUGAAGAAGUUAGACAAGGACAACUCUGCAUCAGGUGUCUGAGAGGUAUGGAGCGGGAUGACAUGUCGUCUAUCCUGGAUGGAGAAGACGAUGACAGAAGCGCCAUCAGUUCACUCAACCUUACUCCCGGUCAACAAAGCCCAAGAGACGACCAUGUCUCCAGUAAACUCGUCAAGUUUGAUAAUGCUAAGGAGAAAUUACUCCAAGGUAUUUGGGCGAAUAAGGAAGAUGGCCACGACAAUCCGUACAGAGACUUAGUACAGAAGUAUGAGGCUCUGCUUGAGGUACAACUAUCACAGGGCAAGAAUAUAAAGAAGAAACCAAACACAUUGCCGAACGCACAAACUCAGUCUGGCCCCGUGUCUCUUCAAGACGAAUUGCAAACUUCGGGCGAUUUCAGCCAAUUCAGUGUUAAAGAUACCGACGAAGAAAGCGGGCAUGGUGAGGAGGCCCAAAAAGAUAAUCAACAAAAGAAAGUUGAGCCAACAUCUCGCAAGAAGAUAAUUCAAACCCCAGACUUUUCUGAAGCCGAAACAUCAAGCUCAGGCUUCUCAGAUGAAACUAGUAAUAAAGGAACUCAAACUGAACGCGAAAGACCUGGUUCCUUCCUAUGCACUAUCGCGGACGGAGAAGAUUAUCGCUUUAGCAUUUACGACGAUGCUAGUCCGAUGGAUAGUCGCUUCCGAAACCGACCAGAAUACCGUGUUCUUUUCAAAGAAAUAUUUACUAUUCUGAAAAAGGCAGCCGAAAAUAAAGACGAUGGAGAACAGCUACCACUCCUAGAUGAUACAGUCAGCGGAAAAGUACCACCUGUGACGCCUGCGACUGAAGAACCCCCCGGCAACUUUACCGAUGACACCCAAAGUGUAUUGUCGUCUGUGAUGUCCGAACAAUCGAUUCCAGUAUCUGACAUAACUGCUCCAGAAACACCAACUCUAAAGGAAAAGGAAGAGCCACUUCCGGAACCUAACAAAAAACAAGAGAAACAAAAUCACGUAGAAGAUGUGAAGGAGAACAAGUCCAUGGAUGAUAGUACCAACGGAAAUCAAAAAGAAACUAAUCAGGGAAAAGAAAAGGAAAAGGAGAAAGAAAAAGAACGAGUACUAACACCGCUGGUGCGUCAACCAUUGGAGUACAUAGCGGCUACUAGAAAGAAGUCCAGACAUCGCAACCGCAAGCACAGUCAAGAUCGCCAGGGAGCUGACUCCCCCGUAUUUCCAUCUCCACCUAAAAUUAUAUACCAGAAAUCGGCAAACAAGAAGAGGAGAGAUUACAGGCCCAUAGAAAUCAGCCCACUCGUUAGAACUUCAGAAGCUGAAUGGAAUGGAUCUACUCUUCAGUUCUACAACAAAAAUAUAAGUUCCCCAACUCCGAGCGUUAGCGGCCGGACGGGAAAAAUAUAUCAAAGCUGGAAUUCUGAAACUGACUCUUGGGAUAUAAAACAAAGCACUGCUUCUCAGGAGAUACAUAAGCUCCGAAAAUUGGAGCUGUCCUAUGCUGAAGUAUUAAGAAAUGCUGAUAAGACUAAAAAUAGGCGCAAGAAACAUCAGUAAUCGAAUAUUUUUAUCCUACGACCCCCUCUUGCAAGAGCAAGAGACGAGUGAUCAACCGCCAUUUGUCUUUGCCAACUGGACAUCGUUUAAUUUUAAAGGUUUUGUGAUCUGCUAGCGUUACUUAUUUUUUUAACACAAAUCAUUAUUGGUUGCCAUAUAUGUACCGAUAUGUAGUAUGUAUUCCAUUAUUUAUUCAUUAACUUCUAUCAGCCCAUCAUAAAUAAUCAACUCCAUAUUAUGCUAUUUAUAGUAUUUUUACCCUCCCUAAUAUAUUUCUACCCUCCGACAUCAAUGAAUAGAGUAACGUAAAAUUUAUUCAUGCAUUUAUAUACACAAAAUGAUAUAAUCGCUAAAUCUCAAUGUCAUAAUACGCCGCAUUUCAAUUUUUAUAAUUCGAUUUAUUUUCAACAGAAUGCGUUUUAUAAUUUAACCAUUCAGUUAACUUCAGUCACUAUUUUAAUUGUAUAUUAUGUAUCGAAGUUUAGUUUGUAAAUAUAAUUUAAUUUUAUACAUAUAAUUUGCCAUGGUUUCCGCGUGCAUAAUUCAUUGUGGAAUUAUCAUUAUUGAGAAGAGGUAUGGUAAUAAAACAAGAUGGAUAAAUAA